AUGUUCGAGAAUCUCUGCACCCUGCCGCUGCAGUCCGACGUCUUCACCACCGCCCUGCACCCGACAGAGCCUGUUCUGACGGUCGGAUUGUCAACGGGUCAGGUCGAGACAUACCGUCUUCCUCUUCCCGUCACAGACGGUGACACCGAUGCAGAUGGUGACACGAGCCUUGUCAGCGGCAAUGGCAGGGACACGAUUGACACGGUCUGGCGCACCCGUCGUCACAAGGGAAGCUGUCGCUGCGUAGCGUACUCCCACGAUGGAGCUCAUAUGUACUCUGCUGGAACCGACGCCAUCGUGAAGCACUUUGACGCCAACACGGGUGCUGUCAUUUCCAAGAUAGUCAUUCCUACCAGCACCUCCGUUACCGACGCUCCGACGCUCCUGCACGUCCUGAACCCCCAGAACCUCCUGCUGGCCACCGACUCAGGAGCCUUGCAUAUUGUCGACCUCCGCAAAAACGGUGGCCAGCCCGGAGCGCGUCCGGCCCAGACACACUUCCCCCAUAACGACUACGUCUCGUCCAUUACCCCGCUACCCCCCACGGCCGAGAGUACUAGUGGUUUCCCCAAGCAGUGGGUCAGCACAGGCGGCACCACGCUCGCCGUCACUGACGUGCGUCGAGGUGUCCUUGUUCGCAGCGAGGAUCAGGAGGAUGAGCUGCUGAGCUCGUGCUUUGUCCCGGGCCUGGGUCCUAAGAGCAACCGCAAGAAUGGCAUGGUCGCCCUCGGCUCCGGCACCGGAGUCCUUACGAUGUGGGACAAGGGUGCCUGGGAUGACCAGCAGGAGCGAAUCAUUGUCGACUCGGCCCGCGGUCCCACGGGAGGCGAGAGCAUCGACGCCGUCGCCCUCAUUCCCCAAGAGAUGGGCCUAGGCAAGAAGAUUGUCUGCGGUCUCGGCGACGGCAGCCUGCGCAUCGUCGACCUCAUCCGCCGCGAAGUCAUGGGCAAUGCAUCCCUCCGUCACGACGAUCUCGAAGGUGUCAUCUCUCUUGGCUUCGAUUCCGCAAACCGCCUCAUUAGUGCCGGUGGAAGCACCGUCAAGGUCUGGGAAGAGCUGUCGGAACUACAAGGAGAGGGUGGCAGAGGCUAUGGCGACUCGGACGAUGACGGCAUCCUGACUAGCGACGAUGACGAUGACCAGGAUAGCGAGGAGGUUGCUGUCGGAAAGAGUGCUGGCGAGAAGCGUCCAGCUGCCGGCAGCGAUGACAACAGCGGCGGCGGCGGCGACAGUGACGAUAGCAAUGACGCCGUGGAAGAUAUGAAGAGGCGUGCUAAGAGGCGCAAGGAGGCUCAAAAGGUCAGGCUUGGCCCUAUGGGUGCUCACGGCAUCAUGGGAUUCGAAGGGCUGGAUUAA